AAUCAAUUUACAUGAGUUGAAGAUUUUUCAGCUGAACCUGACCGAACUCGCCCGUUACCCACCAGUGACCUAGUAAGAUGAUUGUUAUCAAGGUUAAUUCAUAACAAUAGGGUUUCAAAUUUGUUCUUCUUUCUCCCUCGUCCGCGGCUCCUUCACCAGAUACCAAACCUUUGCCACUACCAACGCUUCACACUCAGUGAUGGGAAAUAUGUACAAGAAUAGGAAACAAGCUGGUGGGCAUGGACCUCCAAGAGAAAAUACUGAUACGCAGAAACAUGAAAUGGACUUAAGGAAGAUUAUGAAAGAUGUUGAAAAUUUUAGCUACUCACAUAUGACAUGGAAAGAACGCAAAAAGAUUGAAAAUAGGAAUGUUGUUUCUCUUGGUGGGAAGCCCCCUAAGAAUCAGAGAUUACCUUUAAGUGUGGCACGACCAAUGAUGAAGAAACAACAGGAGAGGGAGCAGAAAAUGCUCCAAGAGCGUUUGAUUCUUGGACAUUUUGGGGGAAAGCUUGGUGGUAGCAGUAAAAGAUCAGCUGGGAAGCACAAGCCAGAGAACAGGGGUCUGAAGUCAAGUGAAGGUCAUUUUAGAAAUGGCAUACUCAAUGUGAAGCAUUUGUUAAAUUCAGCACCAUCAAGAGAUCAUGAAAGUGAAACCAGAAUGUCCAAUACAAGGAAAGGGAAUGGUGGUAAAAAGAAACAUGGUAAAAAGGGUGCCGGUAAGAAGCACCGUUGAGCACAUCCUUGUGAAUGAAAUGUUUCGGGAAGAACAUUGAGGAGUCAUUUUUUAAUAUGUAUGACCUUUAUAAAUCUAUUAUGACCCUUAGCCUUUGACAGAGUAAAAUGAAAUAGAAUAGAAAUAGACAAUCAUGUGACGUGUACUAGGAAAUAUUGAUAAUUAUACAUCUGAACAAGAUCUUAUCCUUGAGGCA